AAUAAUGAUCGAGCUACAUGCCCAACGGCAGUAGUUACAAAUUUUACGGUUCUUAGACGCUGUUGUAAAUUUACUCAGCGCUUGCACUCGUGUGGUUUAGUUAAAACACCAAUAAAAUGUUGGAUAUUGAAGUUGUCCCCGAGUUAGGGAUUCGUCAUAAACUUUGGGAGUUCGUUCUUGGGAUGCCCAUCCAACAAAUGAUUGACAUUCUACGAAAACAAGACCAUACGAUUAAAAAUGUCGAUUUUUGGUAUAGUGACAAGGAUCCUUUCAGCAUGAAUUUGGUAUUGGUGUUACCUGAUGAUGGUGUCAAGUUUCACUUUGACCCAUUUUUACAAAGACUAAGGGUUGGUAUCCCUGUUUCCUAAUUUUGCAUAGAUCAUCGAAGUUUUUGAUUUGUCUUCCAUCACAUUACGGUCACAGUAUUUUAAUAGUCCAUCUAUCUUGCCAACAAUGCAGGAGGUUUUAAGAAUAUUCGGAUCCACAAAACCUCUGGCUCCAGCGGAAUCAGAUGGUGACUACCAACUAACUUAUCGAGGUAUUACCUUCAUAUUGAGAAGGUUCUCUACUGGAAGUCGUGAAUCGAUUGAUUCCAAGUCUGAUCUGCUUGCUACACGACUGCUUAUUUAUCUGGGUAGUAAUUUAGCAGAAGCUAAAGUCCCAGUUGAAUUACCUAGUGCAUGCUAUUUACAAAAUGUUUUUCUUGAAAGACUCGAAGUCAACAGAUCAGUCAAUUCUACCACAGACCUAACAUUACACCUUGUUGCUCAAGAUUUAAACGUGAAUCCAAAUCGUGAACCUCAAAUCCGUCGGUUUACUCGCUCUUUAACUUUUGGAGAUUCUGUUCAGGAUGUACUUUCAGCUUUAGGUUCUCCAAGUCGUGUAUUCUAUAAAACGGAAGAUAAAAUGAAAAUUCAUCUUCCUCAAUCUCAUCGACUUGUGCAACCUAGAAAAUCGGAUUAUUUUUUCAAUUAUUUUCCACUUGGCUUAGAUAUAUUAUUUGAUGCCCAAACACAUGAAGUAAUGAAAUUUGUUUUGCAUACAAAUCAACCAGGAGAGUAUACAUUUAACACGUACGUGUUUCUAUUGCCUUUUCUCAGAAAAAAAGAGAAAAACAAUUACUGGGCAUUGUGCAAAUAAUUUCCUGAGGGUAGUGUGUAAUUUUGGUAUUUAGUUAAGUUUAAUUAAAUCAAUGUCUUCGAAUAAUGUCGCAAACAUUUAUUUAUUUGAACACAUAAAUAUUGGUACAAAGGGGCACAGAAUACAUAUGCGCCACGGAAGUCACUUGAUUUGUGUGCGGGCUGUGAUACUGCACGGGUGCCCAGACUGAAGUAGGUGGUUUUCUUAGGGGGCCACACCCGGAGCCUUCAACCCGAAGGUUUAAUCCACAAAGCAGUGUAGCAAUGUCAGGAAAUACAGUUCCAUUGUAACCGGUGACCAACGAUAGGUUCAUACUCCAUCUGUUUCCUCAGGAUCCUGUAUCCGAUUUGCACUAUUAGUUUUGAAUCAGUGUUUUUCGACUCCCCUAAGUGGACACGAAGGGCCUACCAAUCUAGUUUAAGCGCUGUCCUCUCGAGUUCGUAAACAUUACCUCCGCCGCGAGAAGGCAGUGUAUAGGACUUCCGUGGUAGUCGCUGUAUACGCGUUGUCAUGUAAGAGCAUUUCGAGAGGUAGAGCUGACUCUCUCAACUCUCGGCCGUACCUGGUUCUUUGGGGGCUGUCGCAUACAAUUACUAUUCAACUGUACGCUACUUUUAGUCCUCAUUUACCUAUUUUCUUUCAUUUAUAGAACAACGGUACAAGUAUUUAACAUUUCUAACAUCGUCAACUAUAUCAAGAUAUUCUUGUUAAGGUAAUAAAUGAUAAAAUGAUAUAUUUGGGCAAGCCUGAUAGUUAGGCAAUAAUUUCCAUUGGCGAAUGAAUCGCUUUUAAUUACUAAAUCAUCCAAUCGUUUAUUUGUUAAAUGAAUUCUAAUUCUAAUUGUUUUUGUGUAGAAUACUUCGUACAUAAGCGUGUUAUUUUAUUAGAUGAAAAACCUAUCGUACUAGGCAGCUGUUUUCUAAUGUCAAUUCGAUUUGAGACUUACAUGUAUAAUCCAGUCUCGUGAGCAGUUAUCAUUUCGCACAUUAUGUCGUUGCUCAUUAUCAUUUAAUCAAAACCUUUUUUUUCUUUAAUCGUUAAGAAUCAUAAAAGGUCUAAUUUAUAACAUAUAUGUUAUUUUGUCCUUUUAGGGCUUAAACUGACGCAAAUCUAGAACCUUUUAUCUUAGCUACUAAAGUAUUCAUGUCUUUAUUUAACUUUGAUUCUUCAUAUAUAGUUACUCUUUUUUUUACUGUAAAUCUCUACCUUAUUUUAGAGGUACAAUGUAAUUUUUACACAGCUAUCUCUUUACUCUCAUAGAUAUUAUCGAUGUCUUUUUGAAAUACCAAUUCCUAUUGUAAAAUCAUCUAAAGAGAAUACAAAUACUGAAACUGAUGAAACAUAUAAUGUAUUAAAUGAAACAAAAUAUUUAGUAACACCAUUCUCAAAGUGGUCUGAUGUUCGACAACAUUUAAUUUCAUCAAUGGAUACUGAACCAGUGGUUAUUUAUAGAGAAUCGAAACCACAACAGAAUCCUUUUGGUCCAACACAUGCGUAUGGUUAUCAGGAUAUUAUAUUUGAGAUUAUUCCAACCAGUGAAUGUAUAGCAUCAGUAACAUUAUAUACUCCAAUUCAUCUAUCUAAAACCUAGUUAUCAAGUAUCCAAUUAACAACAACAACAAACAAUAUGCUAAACAUUAGCCAACAGAAAAAAACCCAUUUCAAAUUAUAAUUAUUUUCUCUUUAAAUAACUGCUAAUUAAUUUGUUGUUCUAGUUUAUGUAUUAUUUUCCCUUUUCUUCAAAAGAGAAUCUAUAAUAUCUACAGAAUUCUUAUCCCAAUAUUCUUCCAUAACUUGUAAUUAAUCAAAACCAUUAUUUCAUAAUAAAACAUCCACUUUGUAACUGUUCAUUACAUAUAAUAAUG